CUCUUAACAAGCCAGAAGGACAAGAGGAUUCUAGAGUACCAGAGGACACCGGAAUAGUCAGAGAAAAGAAUUAGCUCUCUGGAGGAAUCAGCAACGCUUGGGAGCUGAUAUAGCAUCACAUCUUCAGGUGGAUGAAACAUCAAAGGAUCUAUUACACACCUUAGACUUGUUAUUUAUGAUGCUACCAACAUCAAAAGGUAAGAAUAUAAAAGGUCAGCCAACUUUGAGCAGGAUGAGCCGGGAAGAACUGGAGGACAAUUUGUUUCGUCUUCGUGAAGAGCACAUAUUGGUGAAGGAACUUUCUUGGAAGCAACAGGAUGAGAUCAAAAGGAUGAGGACAACUAUCCUCCGAUUGACUGCCAAGGGCCGAGACCUGAGGGUAGAGGCGGCAGCAGGGGAGCAGCUCUUAGAGCCAACAAAGAGGCCACCGAACACGGGGUGGCGGCAGCGUCCCCACAAGCACCAGCACUCCUUGAUGCAUGGGUUGCGACAGCAGUUUCAGAGUGUUGGCCCCCCUGCAAGAUACCGUACCCAACCACGCGUCCCCACAGGACACAGACAGCUCCAUUCUGCUGGUGCUCAGGUGCUGGAGAAACCCAAGAAUGGUGCGGAUCAGGGCCGAAGCCCCAAAAGGCAAAAACACUGGAAAUGA